CCCCAUGGCUCUUCUUCCUCCUCCUCGGCGUCUUCUCCUAUAAAUACGCGGCGUGCCGCCGGAGCACGAGCAGUGUCCGAAUUCGAAUUCCUUCCUCGGCUCGUGCGCCUUCGCGCCCACGCGGAUAGUAUAGCUCGGUUGCUUUGUCGCCGGCGAUGGAGAAUUGCGUGAGAGGUCGAGCGGGGGGAAGGGUAGGGCAGGAGGCGGCGUCGCUGCCCCUGCCCCCGCCGCCGCGCAUGGCGGCCGCGAACUCCUCGGCGGCGGCGGCGUCCAUCCGGGCGCACCUGGCGCGGACCGCGAGCGGGGUGGACGCGCAGCCGUCGCCGCGGUCUCUGCUGUCGCGCAUCCUGCUGCGCGGGGGCGGCGACGGCGGGAGUGGCGGGGGAGGGUUCGGUUGCCGGGUGCGGCUGCCGCGGCGGUACGGCGGCGGCAUGAGGGAGGAGCGCAAGGACGGCUCCGUCUCCGAGCAGGGGGAGACUCCCCGCGUGAAGGUCGUGGAGCCGCCGCCGCUGCCGGAGCUGCCCCUCGAGACGCCGCGGAGUUCCUUAGGGAGGAAGAAGCCGGAGGAGGAGCUGGUGUCCAUGAACCUUGGGCUGGGCGCGAGCCUGGUGCUUCUGCUGUCCAGGAGCGCCGUGGAGCUGAACAAGAUGGUGGAGCUGCGCGCGCAGAUGGAGGCGCUGGUGUUGGAGAUCAGGCACGCGGCGCAGUGGAAGGAGAACGCGAACCACCCCGCCGCCUCCACGUCGCGGGAAUCCAACGGCAGCAGCGCCACCACCGCCAACGUGAAGGACCCGAUCGCCUUCCCCGCGGUCGACGCCGACGCGGCGUCCAACUGCUCCCGCACGACCGCCGACAACGCGGUCUCCGGCCGCGCGGCCGCCGUCGUCAUCGACCAGCUGGAGGCGGAGCUCCAGGCCGAGCUGGGCCGCAUGCAGCGCGGCACGGACCGCACGGCGCUCGGCGGCGGCGACGCCGACGAGCGGAUGAUCGCCCCGAUGCAAGGACUCGAGUUGCCGUUGCUGAAGGUGAAGACGAAGGCCGGUAACAACGCCAUCGGUAGAGCGUCGCGGAGCCGUGUCGGCGGCGGCGGCGCCAAGGACGACGGGGAAGUAGUAGACGGCAAUGCCGAGGAGGAAGAGGAGGAGGAGGACGACGAGGAGGCCGAGGAGGAGGAGGAGGAGGGAGGGUACGACGAGGACCGGUCGAGCCCCCCGCACGCCGGCGUGUCGGCGCGCGCGCUGGAGCGGCGGCUGCACGAGCUGCUGCAGAAGCGGCAGCAGGAUCGGAUCGUGGAGCUGGAAUCGGCGCUGGACGCCGCCCAGCGGCGGCUCCACGAGAAGGAGCGCGAGGUGGUGUGGUGGCGCGACGCCGCCAAGCUCGUCUCCCACCGCCGCGACGAGUCCCGCCGCGACGAGUCCCGCCGCUUCGUCCGGUAGUAGCUAGGUUUCCCGCGCGUGGGCGUGGCGCGAAACGCGUUCCCGCGCGCGCGCGUGCGAAGGGCUCGGUUGGCAUUGGCAGGCCGGGUGUGUGGCACGUGCCCAACCGCCGCCUGCUGCUGCAGCGGCUGCGGGGUGUCAGGGCGGUUGCCGGCGUCACGCUGCGCGGGUAACGCGGUGUAACUGCUGCGAGCCGGGACGACGCGGCUCUGCUCUGCGGCGUCCUGCCGGCUGCCGCGCUCUGCCGUGCCCGUGCGUGCGUGCACGGGCGCUGGAGCCGGAAGUUUCGGUGCGUGCGUGCGUGCGUGCGCCGGCCGCUGUUGCAGGGGGUCGUGUCCGUGUCGUGCUGCUGUCCGGUCGGUUCCGCCGGACGAAAUCUUUCGUGAUUCCAGGCAGGCAGGCAGAGUCUGUACUUGGGUCCGUGCUCGUGUCUAGGAAGUAGGAACUUUGGAAGGUCAGACCAUUUCGAUGUCGAUCGCUCCUUGUACCAAAAAAAUAAAUGCUGAUCGUUGGGAUUCG